CAGCUAUCUUAAACUCCGAGAGAAGAUCCUUUGGACGAUGCCAGCUCCAGCUUGCUCGUUCUAAACUGCGUUAAUUUAUUAGAGAUGUGCAAAGAGCUGGAGUUUGGUCAAGAUGGACGCGUAUUGGGGGUAUAACCAAGCUUCCUCAACGAAUAACCAGGACAUUGCAAGUCCAUCACCACCAACCGGUGAUGCCGCAAUCAACACUACAUAUUGGCAAUACUGGGGAAACAGUAAUGGGAACUACACUGAUGACUCGGAUGAGUAUGGAGUUAAUUCGUACUUCGGGAGUGUUUACGGGGAUGUCAGUACUUACCUUGAAAGAAUCCUCGAUGUUCUCACUUUGACUGCGAUUGUAGCAACGGCUGCAACACUCUUGGUGGUGAUAGUGAACAGGAGACUACAUAAGCAGCAUCUUAUUUUCUCGGCAAACAUCAUUGUCUCAGGACUUGUAACAGCUUGCAGUAUUGGUUUGAGGAUCGCAAUCGACUUCCAUGGCCAGGAAUGUCGUACGUUUUGCGAACUCCUGGUUUACACUCCGUGCUUUGCCGCCCUGGUGACCAAUAUAAGUAUCCUCUCUGUCGCCGUCUACCAACUUAUCAACAUACGUAUCGACCCCUUUCGGUCGCGAGGAAUUGUCACGACUGCCCGAUGUGUCGCCGUCGUCCUACUGACAUGGUCGAUAGUUGGCGCCCUAGGAAUAAUCGCAAUUCUCUUUUCUCCCACGGAUGUAUUCUUAUUAAUCCUCACCAGGGGAAAUUCACCCUGA